AUGAACAUGAAGCAUAUGGAGAGGCCUAGCCAUGCCACAUUACAUUAUUAUAGUCCAAGGUCGACAAGGAACAAUGCUUUCAUAAAAGCAUAUAGUCCAAGUGCCCAUCAUUUUGGGCAGAUCCUGCCGUUCAGUCCAAAGAUCAAAGGGCCCAGCAGGAGACUACCCCAUAGCCCCUCAUUUGGGUUCACCCCUGCCACGUGGAGGGACAAGAUCCAAGGGGUUUAG